AUGAUGGCUGACAGCAUGUUGAAGGAAAUGCACUACUACGGAGGAGAUCAUGUCAAGAGCGAGAUGAAGGAGUUCUGGAAAAAGCUCAAGGCAUCUGUUGGUCCUUAUUGGGUUCUGUGGCACAUCGACCGAGAGAAAGUGAAAGGAGAGCACUUUGGAAGCUAUGGUGAAGCCCAAGCGAAGUAUGAUGAGAUGGAUGGUGGACCGUAUGCCACGAUUCUGGCUGACAGCAAGUUCAAAGAGAUGAAAUACUAUGGACAACGCUCGUGCCAGGGUGCGCUGAAAGAGUUCUGGCAGCAUGAGCAGGAAUGUCGCAGCAUGGAAGUGACAGCGAUCAAGAUAAAGCAGAGUGGGCAAUGUCUGCAUGUUGAAUUUGUCCGAGCCGACGUGCCAAGAGAUGGAGACGAAGGAAACAAUGAAACGUUCAUCUUGCGACCGCGUGAGGUUGUGCAGCAAAUCCGCGGGGCGCAAAGCGAUCACUUGCUGGGCGUGCAAUUUGUGACAAACCAUGGCCGCGAGUCUGUCGUUUAUGGAGACGACAGCAAGGGCAGGAAGUUUGCGUUUAAGGCGAAGCCCGGCCAGUUCGUUGCCGGUUUGCUCCUUGCUUCUGGAGCUUGUCCGCGGAUUACGGGGCUGUCAGGGUGCCGAAUGCAGGCUAUCGAUCCUUCCCUCAAGUUGCAAGACUGGAUGGGAAGCAAGGGCGUUUGUGAUCGCUGGGGGGCCAUCUCGGUGCGCUCUGGAUGCCAGUGCAAGGUCGGCCACAGGACUUCUCAGAGGUGUGGUUGGGCCUUCCCCGAAGGCACUGUGUUCACUCCAAGGAAAGGCAAUUGCGAGCCACAGUUUUGCAGUUGGUGGUUUGACUCUUGCAAAUGCAAAUCUACUGGCGUUAUAUUCCAAGAAGCAGACCACGGGCGUUUGCCAACCACAGAUGUUGGCAUUGCGGCCGUUGAUUUCUGUUCUCGGCUCUUUGAAGAGGUAACCAAGCAGGAGUUGGAGAAUGGGAAUGUCGAAUAUGGACAGGCGCACAUAAAUCUUGGAUCUUUGCCGCAAAAACUAGGAGGCAGCGUCAACCGAUCCUUGGAGGACCAUAACGCAGAGCAGUACUGCGAAGCAGCAUUGUCUGGAAGGAACGGAAGGACGGGUGCUCGCCUUGCAGUGGACCAACUUCUCCACCACGUGAGUGACCAGCAGCCCACCACAACGAAAGCACCGCCGCGAUACGCAGAGAUUGUGAAGAUUGAGGAGGAGCCCGAAGAGGACAAUUCAGACACGUCCUCCUGGCAACACUCGCUUGGAGAGGUCUGCCGAGAGGAGUGUAAGGAGAUUCUAGCUGCUGUCAAAGAAGAGAGCCGGAAUAUCCUCAUUCAGGAGGUGACACGCGUUGAGCCGUUUGAGUCGACAUGCUCCGAUUUUGUAGUCAAGCGGGUGGAAGCACACUUGAUGGGCUGUUGUGAGAAGGCUUGCGGAUGGAAUGGCAAGGCGUGCACCUAUUGGCCAUUCAUGAAGCAGCCAUCAAAAGUCCGAUGGCAUCAAGAAUGCUGCUCUGAGUGGAAUACGAUUCGCUUCUCGGACCGCGAGAUCAUGUGUGAUAGCGUGCUCCCGAAAGAGAAGCGCACCCUCAUGGAGCUGAUCGAUGCAGCCGCAAAAAACAAGGGCCAGGCCUCUGAACUUGGACAAGAUCUGAGGCUCUUAUGGACGGAGCUGGGUGCCAAAUCUCGGUUUGGCAAAAUCGCCUGGGCAAACCCAAACGAAGAAGUUGAUCCGGAUUUCCUCGCCACACAGCCUCUCACUGUGAAGGAGGGCAUUGACCUGAAAUUUUGGGAGAUCAAGUUCAUCCCUCGAUCCGCGUUGUUCCAGCUGAAUGCCCACUCAGCUCAAACAGCUGGCGCUGGCUGUGAUGGGCUGUGGAGCAUCGGGUGCGGCGACGUUGUAAACAGCGUUGAGGAGGACUGUGUAGAGACGAACAAGUGGUACGAGCUUCCAGGUGGUGAGCAUGAAGUGUUCAAGAGUGCAUGGGCUUUUUCAGACCUCACGGGGGCGAAGGAUCCGAUCAAGUGCAACCAGGAGUUCGUCAAGUACAAGGGAAAGAAGUACAACAACAAAGAUGUCGUGACUGUGACCUUUGAGAUGGAAUCCAGGACAUGCAGACUUUUCCAUAGCCCCAAACAAGAAGAUGCGAUCAAGUUGGAUUCGUUACUGAAGACAGCGAAGGCACACACUGAAGACGAUGAUAUCGACGACGACUUGUUGGAGAAGGUCUUCAUUGGGAAGGAGGCCUGA